GCGCCGGCGCAGCGCGGCCGGAAGUGCAGGCCCCGGAGCGGAGCCGCCAUCAUGGCCGACAAGAUGGACAUGUCCCUGGACGAUAUCAUCAAGCUGAACCGCAGCCAGCGGGGGGCCGGUCGCGCCGGCCGCGGAGGCCGGGGCCGAGGAGGCGCCGCCCGCGGAGGGGGGCCCGGCCGGGGCAGUGUUGGAGCGGGGCGAGCGGGGGGCGGCGGCCCCCUGCGGAACAGGCCGGUCAUGGCCCGAGGCGGCGGCAGGAACCGGCCCGCGCCCUACAGCCGGCCAAAGCAACUUCCCGAAAAGUGGCAGCAUGACCUGUUCGACAGCGGCUUUGGGGCUGGGGCUGGCGUGGAAACCGGGGGGAAGCUCCUGGUUUCUAAUCUGGACUUUGGUGUGUCGGAUGCAGAUAUCCAGGAGCUCUUUGCAGAGUUUGGGACCUUGAAGAAGGCAGCGGUGCAUUAUGAUCGGUCUGGACGCAGUUUAGGGACAGCGGAUGUGCAUUUUGAAAGAAAGGCAGAUGCUCUGAAAGCUAUGAAGCAGUACAAUGGAGUCCCUCUGGAUGGGCGCCCUAUGAACAUUCAGCUGGUUACAUCACAGAUAGACACACAGCGGAGACCAGCACAGAGUGUAAACAGAGGAGGCAUGACCAGAAACCGUGGUGGUUCAGGAGGAUUUGGUGGUGGGGGUGGCAACAGGCGAGGUAACCGUGGUGGGAACCGAGGGAGAGGCAGAGGGGCUGGAAGAAGUUCCAAACAGCAGCUCUCUGCAGAAGAACUAGAUGCACAGUUGGAUGCUUAUAAUGCCAGGAUGGACACCAGUUAAAGCAGUGAGCACAUCCCCUGCAUGGAAAGGACUCCAGACAUCUCAUUCCAUGCUCUCCGGAGGGAGGAGUGUAUGACUGUGGCCACUAAUAUCAAGGAUGGAAUUUGUUUUACUUUUAUGUUUUGGAAUAGGUUUUAAACUCAUGUAAAGGUUUUUUUUUAAUUCUGAAACAGAUCUGUUUUGUACUGAGUUAUUUUUGGGAUAAAUUUUACUGGUUGCCUGUUGGGCUGAGGUGGUUUUUUCACCUUUGCCAUAAUAAAAUAGAAAUGUGUCUAGA